AUGCGUCUAGCCUACACCGCAGUGGCAGCUCUGAUCACCGUCUUCGUUUGCAUCGACGCGGUCCCCAAGGCUGUCCGUGAGUCUAGUGACUCUCCUGUGGUUCGUAGGACGAGCGGCCGCGUCAACGAAGUGAACACGAAGAGGCGUUUGGGCGUAGCUGAUCUGCACGAUGGCGGACCACCGCUGGCCUCUGACAAGGAGGCCAGAAAUGGCCCCACCUCUGGCGUCGGUGAAGGUCUUGUUCAAGCAAGCAAGCCAGUUACCAGCGUCUUAGAAAAAGGCUUGUUUGGCACGACGACGAAACAGGCGAGCCAAGCUGUGAAAGCAGUAGCUGCGAUGAAGGCGAAGGCAGCUGAGGAACAAAUGUCGACGCUCGUCGAGCUCCUUCGAAGUCAAGCGCUCACGACAAAGGUGAAGCCCCUCCGAAGUAAAGCUUUCAAGGAGAAGGUGAAGCCCCUCCAAAGUAAAGAUUUCAAGAAGAAGGCCAAGCCCUCCCAAAGUAAAGCUGCACAGAAGAACGCAGAAACGGUGGAAGAUGCGGCGAAGGCGAAGGCAGCUGAGGAACAAAUGUCGACGGUCCGUAAGUACGAGCGAACACUGUCGCUCCAGAAGAACGCCGAAACGGCGGACGACUUGGCGAAGGCGAAAGCGAAAGCAGGGGCAAGCGACAUGAUGAAGACAUCACUCACUAAGAAGAUUACGAAGGUGUUCAAAACCUCCAUGAGUCAAUUGAGACGGCAAAGCACAUCGGAGAAGGGUGUAGCGACCGCGUUCAAGGGGUUCAUCGAUCAGCUGCGCGCAUUCUUCAAGCGUGUGCUGAAUAACCUGAGACAGAAGGCCAGUAGCGUCUUGACCUAG